AUAGAGAUUGAAUGCUUAACCCAGCAAUUUGAUCUUUGAUGGAGGUAAGCCUGUCGAAAGACAAACAUUGCUACUCUAAUGUCAAUGAAAUAUGGUGUCUAUUGCUCAGUUCAUAUGCCUCUCGAGUAUAGGAACCAUGAAUGAACGGUCGAACCAGUCAAUCAACGAUCACUACUCCUGAUCUAUAGGAUGCAUGACGUCAUUAGACAUGGUCCUAGCAACCGCGGAAUGCGAUCUCUAUUAGCAUCUGUCACCAUCAAUAUAUAUCCUGUCAUCGACAUCGCACAGGAUAGUUAGAAUAAACCUUUUGAAUGGCGUCUGGCUUCGCCAUUGUAACGCCAGCCUCACGAGGGUUAGGAUUCGCCUUUGCGCGACAAUUGCUGGCUCAGACCAACCUCCCAGUAGUCGCAACCGCACGAAGAGACUGCGACGAGGUACGAUCAGAUCUCGUCAACGGUAUCACUACAUCCCAAAAAGCAGACGAGAGACUACAUGUAUUCAAGGUCGACGUGACCGAUGAGUCGGCCAUUUCCUCCAUGGUGUCCAACAUACGGGAUGUACACCCUGACACCCAUUUACGACUGGCAAUAACCGUGCCCGGUACACUCCACGUGGAGAAGACACCGUCGCAGAUUGAUUACUUGAAAGCUUUGGAUAGCUUCAAGACCAAUUCCCUUGCUCCAAUGCUGCUAAUGAAGCACCUAUCGCCGCUUCUCCCAACCAAGUCAGCGGCACCGUUCUUGGAUACUCCGUCGUCUCCUUCACAUCCAGAGGACUCGCUUCAACUACCAACACAUGCAAUCUACGCAAUGAUGGCCGCGCGAGUAGGGUCUAUAUCAGAUAAUGCAACAGGAGGGUGGUACUCCUACCGCGCCAGCAAAGCAGCCGUCUUCCAGCUCGCAAAGACGUUCGACUUGCAUCUGCGCACCCGGAGUAGAGACCGUGCGCUGGCUGUCGCAAUGCAUCCAGGGACAGUGCAGACUGAUUUCACGAGGGAUUAUUGGGAGGGUCGAGAUAUGCUGCAGCCCCACGAGGCCGCGGACAGGUUGCUUCGGGUGAUCUGUGCAAUGGGGGCUGGUCCUGAUGAGGGAAGGGGCAGAUGCUGGGAUUGGAAGGGGGAGGAGGUUUUGCCAUGAUUUUCUGUUGAUACAGCUGUGGGGCGACUGUUUCAGUUCGAGGGAGAUCAACGAUGUA